AUGCCAUCCCAGGCACUUGAGGCAGAUGAGGAUUUGCAGCUGUGGAAAGAGAUAGACGAGGCAUGUUCUGCCUACCUGUCCACAGAUUCUCAGCCUCAGGCAUCCAGUACAGUGGAAGAACUUUGUUUUUUGGUCAUGGGAUUUCUCCAGAAACCACAGAGUUUCGAUGAAAAAGACAACACCAAAAGGUUCUUAUUUCAUUAUUCUAAGACUCAUGACUCAGGCAACUCAGACAUCAUGUCGUCUGUCCUGCAUCCUUUGCUGCAACUUGUUCCCCAGCUUAAUGAAAGAAGACCGAAGAGAUACAAAGAGGAUGAAGAACUUAAAGGACCUGGGGGGAUUCAAAGCAGAGGCUAUUUUUUGUACAGGCCACGCAAUGGAAGGAGAUCAGUGGAUUUUCGCUAA